AUGAGCGCCAGUCAAGUAUUUCGGUACAAUCAGGCUCCGAUUAUCUUCUACUACUACUGGGUAUCAAGUGUCAAGAUAUCGAGUAGUAGAACGUCUAGCUUUGACUUUGGCUUGAUGUGUGGUUCUACGGCUUCAAACGUUUCAGCUGGUAAUAAUAGAAUCCUUGUAGCCGAUAUCUAUGGCUCAAUUCACCUUUUGGACAUCGACUUCGAAUCUAUAAGCAGCUGGCUAGCUCAUGUAGGAGGAAAGGUCACACACAUGGUGGAGAAAAAAGGCAUUCUGGUUACACUUGGAGAGGAGAACACAGCACAGUCACCACUCAUAAAGAUAUGGGACAUUGGAAAGAAAGACAGACGAACAACCGCACCCCUUCUUCUGCGCUCAGUUAAAGUUCAACCUAGCAAUAGACCACGUCCAGUGUCCACGGUUGCACUCUCUGCAAAUCUUUCCGGCUUGGUCAUAGGCUUUGGCACCGGCACAUCACCCACUGAAUCUAUCAGUGAACUAGGCUUCCGUGAACCCAUUUUGCGUUCCUUGAACCAGACUGACUCCAAUCUUUACCUGUUCAUCGUGACGACCAAUCAUGUUCUUGUUCACCAAGCUACUGGACGCGGCACUGGCAGUUCUGCCGUCAUGGUGGUAGACGAAAUCGGCGCUGGACUAGGCUGUGCGGUGAUGAACGAGUCGAAUAUGAUCGUUGCACGCGACGAAGCCAUAUAUAUGUGUGCUAUUGAAGGCAGGGGAAACGCAUUCGAUUAUGAAGGCAAUAAAUCCGCUAUCCACGUACACUCCUCGUACCUUGUCAUUAUUUCCCCUCCAUUUGUAGCCUCUGCUUUUGCUGCCUCUACUACCGUCUGCAAUUUCAUUCGCGCCACUGGUGACGAUAUAUCCGAGAUUAGCAAGGUCACUGUGUUCGAUCACGCCAAUAAAUUCGUUGCGUACAGUGGAACCUUCUCACAAGGCGUUCGUGAUGUGUACAUUUUGUGCAACAACGGAGAAGUACCUAUGCUGCAAAGUCAUCUGACCCAUCUUAUCGAGAAAUCUACUUCGGCCAAACUGGAUAUGCUGUACAAAAGGUCGUUAUACGGUCUCGCCUUGAACCUUGCUAAGACAAAGAAUGUUGAUGAUAGCCAUGUCGAGGAUAUUCACCGACAGUAUGGUGACCAUCUGUAUCCUUCCAAGAAUGACUACGAUGGUGCAAUGACCCAGUACGUGAAGACACUAGGUUGGGUUCAACCUAGGUACGUGAUAAGGAAGUUCCUGGAUUCCCAACGGAUAUACAAUCUGGUAACAUACCUGCAAGAACUUCACACUCAAGGUCUUGCCAACUCAGUUCAGACCACUCUUCUGCUGAACACUUACACAAAAUUAAAGGAUAGAGAGGAAUCGAUUGCCUCAGAUGAACUGCCUUUCAAACUCGAUAAUGCGAUAUGUUUCUGUAGGCAAGCCGGUUACUUCGAGCACGCUGGCUAUCUUGCUAAGAAGUACGAGCGUCACGAAGAUUACUUGAGCAUACAAAUAGAAGACGCUGGCAAAUAUUCGGAGGCAUUGCUUUAUCUUAGGAAGUUGGUAAUGGAUGAUGCUGAAGGGAGCUUGGCCCGCUAUGGUAGAGCUGUACGGAGUAACCUUCCGCAAGAAGCUAUAGAACUGCUCAUUGAAUUAGUGCUGUGUCGAAAGAAUGUCACUGUUGCUGCCUUCGGCAGCUUGAAUAGCGAUGGUGCCUCAGGCACUCCACGAGGUAUCUCGUCUUCUCCCACUACUUUAUCGAUGAUAUUAGGUAUCGCACUGACGUCUGCGCGUCUACCUAAUUUGACACUAUCGAAACGGCCAAGUCCGCGCUUAUACUUUGCGCACUUUGUAGACCACAUGGCACAUUUGUGCCGGUUGAGCACGACGCCUGACAUCGACGAUGAGGAAGAUCGGCACAAUCAAGUAGCUGUUUGGAAUACAUUACUGGAAUUUUACCUCACCCUUCCAGGAAUAUCCUCUUCUCUCGGAUCUUCAGUGCCUCAGGAUGAGGUAGUUUUGAAGGAGAAAGCCCUCCGAGUCUUUCGCAGUGAAACAAUGCUCUACGAUACCACGCAUGCCCUUUUUUUAAUGCUUGAGCCGAGAAUAUAUCAAGGGUUUAGUCCUUCUUUGAGAGAUAUGGGAAUGUCCGAAGACGUUUUGCGGAUCUGGAUGGAACGUAACAAAGAGCGUGCCACAGAUACUACAGCAUUGCCACCGUUCGGCAUUGUAGAAGUGUUGAGUCGCAACGAGUUCGCAAGUGUUGGUCUGUUCAAGGAAUGGUUCAUCGACCGCAUAAGUCGGGAGCGGGUCGCAAAGUUCAAUCAAGUUCAGCAGCUUUUUGAUUCAGAGCAGCCGAGGGUUUUUCAUGUUACUCGUUGCUCUGCUUGUGGUGGGCAACUGGAUCUGCGCAGUAUUCAUUUUAUGUGUAACCACAUCUAUCAUCAAAGGAAUAAUGAACAUCUGGCGGAUCAUCAUGAUUUUUUUCUUUUCCAAGUACAGGAAGGAGGGUUCAAAGCUCUCGCGAAUGCUUUCAGUCGAGGACUGUUCAACCAAUCUCGAUUAGACUACGUUGUUGUCUAG